GCGGCGGCGGCGGCGGGGGCACCCACGCAAAAGGCAGGAAAGGGCAGGCCGGGCGCGCAGGCGGACCGGCCGACCAGACAGCCGGCUGCGACGGCGAGCUAACCUAGCAGCCUACCGCUCACACCUCCAGCCAACCGCCCACCAAGUCAGCUCAGGUUCCGCCGGGCCCCGGCCCGCGCGCCGCAGCCGUGGUGGCAGCCCCGGGAGGCGCACUGGCGUCCGUUUCCUUCGAUUCUCGGGACCUGAAGAUGGCUGCACAGUCAGCGCCGAAAGUUGUGCUAAAAAGCACCACCAAGAUGUCUCUAAAUGAGCGCUUUACUAAUAUGCUGAAGAACAAACAGCCGAUGCCAGUGAAUAUUCGGGCUUCGAUGCAGCAACAACAGCAGCUAGCCAGUGCCAGAAACAGAAGACUGGCCCAGCAGAUGGAGAAUAGACCCUCUGUCCAGGCAGCAUUAAAACUUAAGCAGAAGAGCUUAAAGCAGCGCCUGGGUAAGAGUAACAUCCAGGCACGGUUAGGCCGACCCAUAGGGACCCUGGCCCGGGGAGCAGUCGGAGGACGAGGCCUGCCCAUAAUCCAGAGAGGCUUACCCCGAGGAGGACUGCGUGGGGGACGUGCCACCAGAACCCUGCUUAGGGGCGGGAUGUCGCUCCGAGGUCAAAACCUGCUCCGAGGUGGACGAGCCGUAGCUCCCCGAAUGGGCUUAAGAAGAGGUGGUGUUCGAGGUCGUGGAGGUCCUGGGAGAGGGGGCCUAGGGCGUGGAGCUAUGGGUCGUGGCGGAAUCGGUGGUAGAGGUCGGGGUAUGAUAGGUCGGGGAAGAGGGGGCUUUGGAGGCCGAGGCCGAGGCCGUGGACGAGGGAGAGGUGCCCUCACUCGCCCUGCACUGACCAAGGAGCAGCUGGACAACCAGUUGGAUGCAUACAUGUCGAAAACAAAAGGACACCUGGAUGCCGAGUUGGAUGCCUACAUGGCACAGACAGAUCCAGAAACCAAUGAUUGAAACCUGCCCACCCUCCUGUGAGAGACUCUUGUUCAAAAGUCACCACAUCUGUAAAUGACCUUGAGAUAACAGAUGGAGAAGAAACCUGAUUGAUGCUGGAAGGACCUAUCACAAUGGGCUAUGGACUUAACUCGCCACCAGUUUGUGCAUUUAGUGUGUUCCUUUUAGUUUUUUGAUACUGUGUUGUAUGAAACCCUUUUUUCCUCUGACUUGGGUUUUAUUUUGUUGUGUUUGGGGUUCCCCCCCAAUCGCUCUGACUUCUCUUUGAACAUGAAUGUGGUGGUCUUGUGGCUAGAAACCCUCUUCCCACCUCUGCCUCCCUUCAUCUGUCAGAUGCUCUCGUGUUCUAACAUUUCCUCUUAUCAUCUCUUUGUCCCCACGAGAAAAGCCCCAGAAAGAACCCAUCAGUGUUCCUUCCUGAUGCCUGGGUUUCUGAGAGAUGGUUCUGUUCUACAUGAUCUUUAAUAUAAAGCCUCUUAGAAGUGUUUAGAAAAUGUGGAGCUCAAAUUCUGCCACAUUGAUACAUUAGUGUAGUAAGUUAGGGACACUGACGUAGCCACAGGGCCACAUAACAGGUUACACGUGGUAGCACCUCUGAUUUGAUUAAAGUUACUUCUGUGUACAUUGACACCACAUAAUGAGUGUGCUGGGCUGGGUGUGUGCAUUUUCUACCCCGAAAUGAGAUGUAUAAACUUAGCUCUUGGCUUUGUAUCCUGUCCAAAGAGCUACUGUUGGGUUGGCUUACACUUGUAAUAGGAAAUGGCCAUUUGGUUUGGCAGAUGCUUCAGAGAAAGGGAUAGAAUGAUGGCAGAUGCCUUUUAGGAGUCAGAACAUACCCAUGCUGGAAUGCUAUUGUCCUUAUGUUUAUCCCAAACCAGUCCUGGGCUUCUCCAUUCACUGGCUUUGUUUGGCCCUCUUUUUACUUCCCUUUGAAGGUUUAAGUUCAACUAUAUUCUGUCAGCUGUUCCCGUUUUCAGUGGAAUCUUGUAUUUCUGGUUCAUCAUAACAAGAAAUCAUUCUCAAAUCUA